UCCGACUUUUUCUCAAGAGCUUCAGGUUCCAGACUGGCGACUGGACCGAGUUUGGGGAAGGCUUUGGCGGCUGGCUGCUCGCAGCUCCCGACUACCUCACGUGGUGGGAGGAGCGACUGAGGAGAGGUGCUGCUGCAGACACGCGUUGGAGGGGCCCUAGAACCGUAAGCGGAAUUGGCUUCAUUUUGUCAGAUGGAAGGAGAGAGCCUGUUUUUCAAAGAAGAAUGGAGGAAAAUAUGAAGCUUGCUACAGUGGAAGACACUGUGGAGUACCGCCUGUUCCUGAUACCAGAUGAACCAAGGGACCCAGAAAAACACAAAGAGAUUCUUCAAAAGUAUAUUGAGAGAAUAAUGACCCAGUUUGCACCUAUGCUGUUUCCUUAUAUCUGGCAAAAUCAGCCUUUCAAUCUCAAAUACAAACCUGGAAAAGGAGGUGUUCCUGCUCAUCUGUUUGGCAUGACAAAGUUUGGGGAUAACAUUGAGGAUGAAUGGUUUAUUGUUUAUAUAGUAAAGCAAAUUACAAAGGAAUUUCCAGAAUUGGUAGCAAGGAUUGAAGACAAUGAUGGUGAAUUUUUGUUAAUAGAAGCUGCUGACUUUCUCCCUAAAUGGUUGGAUCCUGAUAAUAGUGCCAAUAGAGUGUUUUUCUGCCAUGGGGAGUUGUGCAUUAUUCCUGCACCAAGGAAACCUGGAGCAGUAUCCUGGUUACCCACCACACCCCCAACAAUCCCACAAGCAUUGAAUAUAAUCUCAACACACCCUGAAAAGAUUUUGGCUUCAGAAUCUAUCCGAGCUGCUGUGAAUAGGCGCAUCAGAGGAUACCCAGACAAAAUUCAAGCCUCCCUUCAUCGAGCGCACUGCUUCCUUCCGGCUGGCAUUGCAGCAGUGCUAAAGCAGCAGCCCAGACUGGUGGCUGCAGGAGUCCAGGCAUUUUACCUAAGGGACCCCAUUGACCUGCGUGCCUGUCGUAUUUUCAAGACAUUCUUGCCUGAGACACGAAUAAUGACGUCGGUUACCUUCACUAAAUGUCUGUAUGCACAGUUGAUGCAACAAAGGUUUAUGCCAGACCGGCGGAGUGGAUACAAGCUGCCUGCUCCAUCUCAUCCCCAAUACCGAGCCCAUGAAUUGGGCAUGAAGUUGGCUCACGGAUUUGAGAUUCUAUGCUCCAAAUGUAGCCCACAUUUUUCUGACUCCAAAAAAUCCUCUGUGACUACCUCACCACUGUGGGCUGGCUUCCUUGAAAGUCUAAAAAAGAAUGAUUACUUUAAGGGACUCAUAGAAGGUUCUGCACAGUACCAGGAAAGAGUAGAAAUGGCAAAGAACUACUUCCAACUCUCAGUAAACCAGCCGGAAAGCUCUCUUACUAUGAGCCCAGGUGAAGAAAUCUUAACCUUAUUACAGACAAUACCAUUUGAUAUUGAAAUGCUUAAGAAGGAAGAAGCUAAUCUUCCCCCAGAAGAUGAUGACCAGUGGUUAGAUGUCUCACCAGAUCAGCUGGACCAGCUACUGGAGGAAGCUGCUGGCAAAAAAGAACCAGAGUCUGUUUCCAAGGAGGAGAGCUAUGACUUAACUCAAGUCUCAAAGAGCAUGAAAGCUUUCAUAUCCAAAGUCUCAACCCACAAAGGAGCAGAGCUGCCUCGAGAACCUUCUGAGGCUCCAAUCACUUUUGAUGCAGAUUCUUUUCUUAAUUAUUUUGAUAAGAUUUUAGGGCCAGGGCCUCAAGAAUCGGACUCCGACGACCUGGAUGAAGAAGACUUUGAAAGUUUAGAUAGUGAUGAUAACAUGGAUCUUGAAACCCAGGAACACGGGGGAGAAGCAUCUGUAAAAGGAACUCUUGAUGAUCUCAAGUCAUAUAUGGCCCAGAUGGACCAGGAACUGGCACAUACCAGCAUUGGCAAAAGUUUCACCACCCAGAAGCAAAUGGAACCUCUAUCCCAGACUACCAAUAGCCAUUCAGAUGAGGAAGAUUCCGGUGCAGGAGGAUCUGUUAUGACACCCGUGGAUGUAGACCUGAACCUGGUUUCAAAUAUAUUGGAAUCAUAUAGUUCCCAAGCUGGACUGGCAGGACCUGCCUCCAACCUUUUACAGAGCAUGGGUGUGUGGCUGCCUGACGACACUGAGCACAGGCCCACAAGUAAGCCAAAGAAAGAUUAGCCAGCAAACCUAGCCUCUCUCUUUUUUUUUCUUUUCAAAUAAAUAUUGAGUCUGAUUGUGCU